CCCGAUCUCAACCCCCUCAAUAAUACUUAUCCUUUUACUUGUUGUUCGGCAUGUACUGUCCAUCCAUCGCUUUCCAUCUUCCGUGAAUAUUGACUGACCAUGGAUAUAUCACUCGAGAAUUUCUGUGACGAUAAAUCUUACCAGGUGCUCGAGCUCAUCGGAGAAGGUGCAUACGGUAUCGUAUGCUCAGCAAUACAUAAUCCCUCACAACGAAAAGUAGCUAUCAAACGUAUAGCACCAUUCGAUCACUCCAUGUUCUGCCUACGCACCUUACGCGAGAUAAAACUCCUUCGUCAUUUCCGUCACGAGAACAUCAUUUCUAUCCUCGACAUCCUCCAACCCCCAAACUUUGAUCAAUUCAGAGAAGUAUAUCUUGUUCAAGAACUCAUGGAAACAGACCUCCAUCGCGUUAUUCGUACACAGCAACUCAGUGACGACCAUUGUCAGUAUUUCAUUUAUCAGGCCUUGCGUGCUUUGAAAGCACUGCACUCCGCCGACGUUCUCCACCGAGACUUGAAACCUUCCAAUUUACUAUUAAAUGCCAAUUGCGACCUCAAGGUAUGCGACUUUGGUCUCGCUCGUUCCGCUCGACCACCACCAAAUGUUGCUAAUGACAGUAGCACAUUCAUGACAGAGUAUGUCGCGACUAGAUGGUAUCGUGCACCUGAGGUCAUGCUCACCUUCAAAGAAUAUACUCGUGCCAUUGACAUGUGGAGCGUCGGAUGUGUCCUCGCCGAAAUGCUCAGCGGGAAACCUUUAUUUCCCGGACGUGACUAUCACGACCAGCUAUCAAUUAUAUUGGACAUCCUCGGCACACCCUCCAUCGACGACUUCUACGCUAUCUCUUCCCAAAGAUCACGAGAAUAUAUCCGUGCACUGCCUUUCCGCAAGAGCAGACCAUUUUCCCAGCUCUUCCCAGCCGCCAACCCUCUUGCAAUAGAUUUCCUAGAGAAAUGCUUAACAUUCAGCCCCAGACGACGAAUAACUGUCGUCGAGGCUCUACAACACCCUUACUUCGAGCCAUACCACGACCCCGACGACGAGCCCGUGGCUGACCCUAUCGACCCCUCCUUUUUCGACUUCGAUAACGGCGAGGCUCUAGAAAAAGAGGACCUCAAAGUACUUAUUUACAAGGAAAUCACAAAUACGCAAGCAUCCCAGUCAUCGCUCUUGUUCGCUGCGGAUGCCUAAACGUAUUUGAUAUUGAUACCCUCUAGUGUAGCAUCGUAUUCAACGAAUAUUUGGACUUGAUGUAUAUGGGACAAUAUCACAUAAACGUAGCAAGAAAUUCAAAAGGUUUGAUACGGAGCGCUAUUCAGGACACUACGCCGGCACACCACCGUCGCCACAUCCCCCCCGUGUUCCACGAGAUGUUUCUUACAAUACUAUUCCACACAUUUACGCUCGAUUUUGCGUCGUGUAAUGUUAGAACAUUUGAUAUAGGUUCCUUCGAAGUCGUCGCAUUGGACGAACUCCAAGUUUUGAGAACACCCGCAUCCGUAGGUCAUGUAUUUUUGGGCACACACUGGGAAGAAUUCGAAUUUGUUGGU